AUGACUUCAGUAUCCAGUGUACGAUCAAAUACUACAACAGGGAUAACUAGUUCAACAACAACUAUUACAGGUAUUAAAAAACCAUCAACAAAACCUAAAUUAGAUUCAACAAAUAAAAAAGUUCUAGUUAAUGGAUUGAAAUCAAGAACUAAAUCAAGAAAUGGUUGUUUAACAUGUAAAAAGAAGAGAUUGAAAUGUGAUGAAACAAAACCAACUUGUUUAAAUUGUAAUAAAAAAAAUAUUGAAUGUGGAGGUUAUGCAACAAAUUUUAAAUGGAAACUGUUUAAUGAUGAUAAACCUCGCAUAAACGAUAAAUCUUUACAAAAACAUUUGGAAUUAGCAAGUUUUUCGGUUACUGGUAGAUCAAUUGAAGAAAUUGCAAAAGAAACUGAAUUAAUUUCUAAAGGGUUUAAUCCAAAUUCAACAACAACUGUAUUACCAGAAACAAAAUCAAUUAACGUAUCACAACAGCUACAACCAGAAGCUUUAACUCAGACGACUCCUCAAAUUCAACCACAACCUCAACGUAGAUAUAGUCAUGCAAUCAUACCACCUCCACAACAAUCACCAACUACUUCUGUGUUAAGUAGAUCUUAUUCGGACCUGACGGUUGGAUGUGAUAUACAAGCUUUCAAAAAUAAUGAUUUAAAUUCCUUAGCAGAUGCAGCAAUAGUGGAAAUUGAAAAACUGGAAACUCCAAAAGAAACAGUAUUUUUACCUAAUUUUGAUAACAUUAUAAAUCCAAACCAACCACUAGUUAAGAAGCAUCUAACUAAAGAUCGAGAAUUUGAAAUCAAUUUAUCUCCUUCAUUAUCAGCCAUUUUAAAUUUUGCAUUUAAUUCAGAAGAUGUUGAUAUACCAUCUGUGGAAACUUUAUCUCCAUUAAAUUUAAGUAAUAAACCGGCUCAUUUCGAAAUAUCAACUGCACCAUCACCCCAUUUUGACAAUAAUAAAGCAUUAGCUAAAUCAGCAGAACAAGAACAAAUUUUAUUUCUCUAUUCAGAAUAUACAUCGGGGUUAAUGUCUAUAAAAAAUGGCAUUCAUGAAAACCCAUGGAGAAAUAUGAUACUACCUUUAGUACCAAGAUAUAAUUGUUUAUAUAAUUCAAUAGCAUCCAUGACUUUAUUUCAUUUGGCUGGUUCAAAUGGAGUUGUUUCAUCAACAGAGGAGCUCAAAUCAAGAGGUUAUACUUAUAUGAAAAGAUGUAUAUUGGAACUAGCUAGUGGAUUAUCUAAAAUGGAAAAUGGUGGGGAGGGAGAUUUUCCAGCUGAUAUCGGAUUAGUCACUUGUUUAAAUUUAGCAGUUUGUGAAAGUUGGGAUACUCAAACUUCAAGUGGUAUCGCUCAUUUAAAAGGUGCAAAAAGUAUAAUAAAUAAAAUAUUAACUUUAUUAAAAGAAGAACAAGCAAGAAUUAGAAGUAAUAAGAUUAGAAAUGAAAAUUCACCAAUUGAUUUUAAUGAUGUUAAUAUGUUACAAUUGAAAAAUAAAUUGGUUUUAAUUGAUCAAUUUGAAUAUGAAAAAAUGCGUCAUGAUUGUUUAAAUAAAAGUGAUAUAUUGGUAAUUCCAAAAAGUAUUCAUUUUUUGUUCAAUAUUUGGAUUUAUUUUGAAGUUUUAGCUCAAAUGACAAAUGAUUCAAGUUGUGAUGAUAAAGGGGUGGAUUUAGUAGCGACAAUCACGUCGAUGUUACAACAAGAGAAAAAAGGAUUAGAAGCAAAAUCUCCACUGGAAAAAAGUGAUGCAUCAGAUAAAUUAUAUACAUUUUUUGAUGAAUUUGAUGAUUUUAAUUAUGAUUCAGAAGUAGUUGAUCCUUUAUUAGGUUGUGGACAAUCAUUAUUCCCAAUAAUUGGGAAAGUUGCAACCUUGGUUAUAAAAAUUAGAAAAAAUAAAUCAGAUGGUAAAUGGAAGAAAAGAAAUACAUUACAUACAAUAACUCAUGCAUCAGAAUUAAAACAUUUAUUAACUGAAUGGAAACCAACUAUAAAUUCUAAAAUGUUAGAAAAUGAAGAUGAAAAUGGUUCAAAAACUUGGGAUUUAUCAUCAUGUCUUGCAACUGCUGAAGCAUAUAGAUAUUCAGCAUUAUUAUUUUUACAUCAAGCAGUUCCUGAAAUUCCAUCAUUAUCAUCUCAUGCAUUAGCUGAAAAAAUAUUCAUAUUGUUAGCAUCAAUACCAAAAUCUUCAAAUACUUGUAUAACUCAUAUUUUUCCAUUAUUAGUAGCAUCAUGUGAAGCUAAUUUAGGAGAAGAAAGAGAAUGGUGUAAAUCUCGUUGGAAACUUUUAUCAGAUAAAAUGUGGAUUGGAAACGUUGAUAGAACUUAUGAAGUUGUUAAAGAAGUUUGGAAAAGGAAAGAUGAAUUACAAAAUGUUGAAGCAACAAAUAAUAUAAAAGAUGAUUCAACUAAAAAUCUAAUGUCAUUUAUUAAUUAUGAUCAAUUGAUUAAUAAUGUUAAUCCUGAUUCUUGUGGAUUUCUUAAUUCUAAAACUCAUUGGUCAAGUAUAAUGAGAGAAUGGGGAUGGGAAGUUCUUUUAGGUUAG